UACGAUUUUAUGAGCAAUUGACGUAAGUAUUUACGUUCAUUUUGGCCGACUAUGUUCUAUUACAAAUUCAUACUAUGUCUGUUUAUUAUAUAAUAACGACGUACGAACCUAUUUUCCAUCUACCGUACAACUUAAGGCUAUACAUGCAAGGGGACUUAUUUAUUUCUCCGUUGUAGGUAAAAUGAGUAAGCCGUAUGAUGUAUUUGCGUGCGAGACAACCUUCAACUUAAAUUCAGCCACUUUAAGAAAAAUCAAUAACACUCUAGUUGUAGACAAACAUGAACGUUUCUAGAGAGAAUUAGUGAAGAAAAAAAAACAUUGAUAAAACGAUUGGUUUUAAAUCGGCGGUUCGUCCUAGGUCUCUUUUCUUUUUUGUUCCAUUAUAAUGUAUAAUAUAAACAGCACUGCUUUUAUUAUCAUCGAUGCAUUGUAACCGAACUGUAGUUUACGUAAUCGUAUUGACGCGGUUCGGCCCUGAACUAAAUUGAAUGACAGUCAGAUAUUUGUCUGUUGUCGUCUGCUAAGGCGUGGGGAGGCUUCAGCUGGACCCACUAGCAUCCGCAUCUAUUUAGUUAAAAACACAUUUCUCGGUAGCGUUUAAUGUAAGAAGGCUUAGAUAGAUCGACAUCAAGGACGACGCCUUUCUCAUGGAUAUUUGUGUACUUGGGUACUAAAACAAUGCAGCCUUGUUCAAGUAAAAUCCUUCGUUGUGGACCUUGUGGAAAGACCUUUAAUGGCGAAGCGCCUUAUACUCAACAUAUGGUAUCCCAGAAACACAGAAAAAAACUUGCCAAUGACCCGAUGUCACCGCCGCCGCAGGAUCCUGUGAAGGUGCAGAAAAUCCUCAAUAAGGCUAAUAUUUAUUCUAUACCGCAGUUGUCGGUUGCCGGUAGUAGUGGACCGGCACCUAACUGCCAUUUGUCUAAGGAAAACUUUACGAAUGAGGAUGACAACAUGGACCACUCCUUGAACGCCGAGCAUCAUCAGAACUGUGUGAAGCAGGAGGCGGCGGCGGCGGCGGCGUCAUCAACAUCAUCAUCAAAAUCUACGAGUUUAAUAGACCAGACCCUCAAGCUAACCAAUCUAAACAGCGAAGCGGACCUUCUCGAACGUAUUUUGCAGCAUCACCAAAGGACUUUCCUGCUGUGUUCCGCAGACGAGCCCUUCGCGGAAUUCAUCCAAAGGCACAAAGUUUUCGAAACGCAGACAUAAGCAAAAAAUGACGUACAUUCCAGUGUAUUAUGUGAAAAAGUGUUUCAGUAUAUUGGGAGGUCCACGAUCUUGCUUCGGGUAUUAAGACUUUCAGUCGGUUUUUGCUUGAAUACAUGAUUAUACUAGAAAAAAAAUGUAUCAGUAAAGGUGAUUCUUGGGUGCCUAGAUCAAAUUGGUAUGCAAGUGAGACGUGACACCCUUAUUUAUUGUUGUAUUUACGUGGCAACGUGGAAAAUAUUGAAUCUGAAAUUUCACGGUCGGAUGAAGCGCAGAAGCUUCGUCUGAACUACAUCGUGCCGUAGCAGAUCAAACUUAUUCACCGGACUGCGAUCGCCCGGGACAAAAGAGUACGGUAAGAUUGUCCCAGAAGUAGUUCAUUGGGUUGAGCUGAUGACUAAUAUAAGUAAUUUAUUUUAGAUAGUACGCAGCGCAAUCUGUAUUGACAGCUGAAAACAGUAUUAGGAAUUCUCUGUGAAACAGAAGUAAUGAUACUUAUAAGAAGAAAGAUGUGUUUGGAAGUAUGGAAAUUUCGAAUUCUUAAAACGUACCCUUACCACUUAUAUUUGUGAAGGUAAUGUAGUUUCAAUUACUUUGUUGAAAAUUCAUAUGAAAAGAAAUAUUUUUGAAGAAGUAGAGAGCCUAAUUUAAAAAUUCAGUUGACCUCGUGAAAGUCAGACUGAUACAAGUACUCCUUCGUUACUAUAUUAAUAUUAGCAUCAAUAUGGAGGGCCGAGUACAAAUCACGUACGAGCUAGUAUAUAGCAGGGAUACUGGUGAGUAGUAUAGACACAAUAGCCGAUCGAAUGUGUCAGUCAAUUAUUGAGUCAUUUCUUAUAGAGAAAUACACAAUGUGUGAUCAUUACA